AUACAAAGUACACCUGUCAUGUGGACGUGUCCGUUUCAAUCUGUUGAUACGUUUGCUAGAAAAUAUUUUAGAUAGAUAAGAAAUACGUGUUUUUAAAAUCGUAAAAGUGUAAAUCCGUAAAUAAAUUGAGAAUGCAAUGCCAGCACGUAGACGACACGUUGGCUCCGAGGUAGACCAUGAUUUCGUGAUCACAACCUCAAACAAUUCUUGGCGGAGCAGCACUACAACUCAACAGUAUAACCAUGAAAGUGAAGGGUGUGAUUUAACGGAAAACGAAAGAAAGCAAGCAAAUAUCACACCACCAACAAUGACAUCGCGCGACAGGACUAAUGAAUUCGUAAAUGCCAUCCGAACGAUGCAAAGCAGAACCGCAGCACGAGCAGCGGUUUUACAAAAUCCUCGCCAAGCACGUCAAUUACAGAGUUAUUCGAAUUUUAUGAUAAUGGCUAAGAGUAUUGGAAAGAAUAUAGCCAGCACGUAUACGAAACUAGAAAAGCUUGCUCUAUUGGCAAAAAGGAAGUCUAUAUUUAAUGACAGACAAGUGGAAAUUGAAGAAUUAACAAAUAUUAUAAAAACAGAUUUAAAGUGUUUAAAUCAUCAAAUAGGAAAUCUACAAGAACUUAGUAAACAGCAACGGGAAGAAUAUGGUGCAUCUCAAAGUCAUCACAUGGCAUCGCAUUCAUCUUCAAUUGUUAUGGCCCUACAAUCAAAACUGGCAAACAUGUCAAAUCAUUUUAAAAGUGUACUUGAAGUGAGAUCAGAAAAUAUGAGAGAGGAACAAAGUAGAAGACAACAGUUUACACAAGGAUCUGUAUCCACUAUGUUACCGCCAAGUGUUGCUGGAAAACAGGGUUCGUUAUUAUUCCAAGAACAAGAUUCUGCUUCUUCUGUAGUUAUAGAUCUGGAACCAGGAAUGGGACAAUUAACAAUGCAACAAGCAAUCCAAGAUGACACUGAAGCAUAUAUUCAAUCAAGAGCAGAGACAAUGCAAAGUAUAGAAUCUACCAUAGUUGAACUCGGAGGAAUUUUUCAACAAUUAGCACAUAUGGUUAAGGAACAAGAGGAAAUGGUAGAAAGGAUAGAUAGCAAUAUAGAAGAUACAGAAUUGAAUGUGGAAGCAGCACAUGCAGCAAUCUUAAAAUAUUUUCAAUCUGUAACUAACAACAGGUGGUUAAUGAUAAAAAUAUUCGCGGUCCUUAUAUUUUUCUUUAUAUUUUUUGUAGUGUUUUUGGCAUAA